AUGAACGCACAGGGUGCAGCAACCGCCUCUGCAUCUCGAGUUUCCGUCACUCAUCAUCAAAGUCUUCUUCGUAACGUAAGAAAAACUGCUGCCACUGCGAAAUCACGGGCAAUAGAGACACUUGAUCGCAGGAGCGCCUGUCAAUCUAGAGACGCUACUGCAACAGCUAGAGCGAGGGCUGCUGAGACAACGCUACGUAGGAUCUGUGCGAAAUGCUACGAAUGCUGCUAUCACCGUCAGGUCGAGGGCAGUAGAGUCAGGCAAUCCAGGGACGCUGCCGCAACAGAGACCGCUAGGGCUGCUGCGAAUCCGCUCCGUAAGACUGUUCGAAAUGCUACGAAUGCUGCCACUACUGCCACUACUGCCAGGUCGAGGGCAGCUGAAACAUUCGACCGCAGACGCGCCCAUCAAUCCAGGGACGCUGCUGCAACAGCUAGGUCAAGGGUGUCCGAGAGUGCUUUAGCGGGGCAACCCGCAAUGCCCGCAACACUGCAGAGACUUCUGCUGCCAGAAAUUCCGAGGGCCAACAGACAAGGGCAAAGAGAUUUUCAAGGGCUGCUACAAACAUGGCCUCUGUGCGCUUAUCUCAAAUUCCCCAAGCUCGCCGAACACGCCUCGGCGGCGUCAUUCAGAGUUCCUCGCAGUGACGUCAUACUACUACUUCAAGCCUUGCGUCACGAGGUUAAGAGCUACAUUUGCAAUUUCAAAUAUGCUUUCGAAAAUGCUCCGGUUCCUUCCUUCAGCAUUGUAAUUGACGCCGACAAACGGCCUCAUAAUGAAUACGAACGCCGCUACAAUGCUCCUGCGUGCAACGAAAUGGCCGCUAUUAUACAUGGGAAGCAAGACCUCACUCGAGAUAUUGUUCUCAAAUCAAGAGGCGGUGCUCUUUGCAGGAUUUCUGAGUCCCAUCGAUCAUAUGAUGCAUCGCAGUAUCCUUUACAUUUCCCUUAUGUUGACGAUGGCUAA